CCAAUGUGCACAUUUUACAUUCAAUAUUCAAAUGAUUAAAAGUUACCCAUGCUUAGUCAAUCGACAAAACAAUUGAAUCAACAAUGUACCGCUUAACACAUGUUUUAAUUUUUAAUAUAUCCGUGACCUUCAUGUAGUGUACCUGAUAAAUCAGAUGAAUAAGAGGAGUUGACCUUUUGGAAUAUAACUGAGAGGAAGAACCAAACGAAAACAAAUGCAUUUACAGGAGACGCACAAAAAUGACGAAAAUGUCGCCCAGCCACAAAAAAACCUCAAAGCUCACACCAAAGACAAUCGGCAGAGACCGCACAUUGAUACUAGCCCCAAAUAUAUAGAUCCGAACAUAGUGCGAUUGCAGCCCCCGCCCCCGCCAUCAAAGCCGCCACCAACUAUAGAGCCUGGCUCACUGCACGCAUACUUUCUCCAAAAUAUUCGCACUGGUGCGAGGACAGGCCUAGUUCCUGUUGCUGAUAACUCAGAAGAUCGACGAAUUCAUUAUCCAAAUGCAUUGCAGCGAUCUGCAACAUUACCAGCGAAACAUAAUCGUCUAGGAGUGCGCAGUCGUGUUACCUUUAAGGUUCCAUCAACGGCAGCCCAAACCCCAUCGGCUGCAAUAGAAAGGAGCAGCAACGUACCAAGUGGUGGUCACCAAGCAGCGCAAAAGGAAACCAGCAAAAUGACGUCCGAGGACCUAUUGCAGCCGGGACAUGUCGUCAAGGAGCGCUGGAAGGUUGUGAGAAAAAUUGGAGGUGGCGGCUUUGGUGAAAUUUACGAGGGCCAAGACUUAAUCACACGUGAGCAGGUGGCACUCAAGGUCGAGUCCGCCCGCCAACCGAAACAAGUACUCAAAAUGGAAGUGGCCGUGCUAAAGAAACUGCAAGGAAAGGAACACGUUUGCCGGUUUAUUGGAUGCGGCCGUAAUGAUCGCUUUAAUUACGUGGUCAUGCAGCUGCAGGGAAAAAACUUGGCCGAGUUGAGACGCGCCCAGCCGCGGGGCGCAUUUUCCCUCAGCACAACACUCAGGCUGGGCUUGCAAAUUCUAAAAGCAAUUGAAUCUAUACACUCGGUUGGCUUCCUUCACCGCGACAUUAAGCCGAGCAACUUUUCUGUGGGGCGCUUGCCAUAUAAUUGCCGGCGCGUUUACAUGCUCGACUUUGGAUUGGCGCGCCAAUAUACGACUGGGACAGGAGAGGUCCGGUGUCCCCGAGCAGCGGCUGGAUUUCGAGGCACUGUGCGCUACGCCUCAAUAAAUGCACAUCGCAAUCGUGAAAUGGGGCGACAUGACGAUCUGUGGUCUCUAUUUUAUAUGCUAGUUGAAUUCGUGAAUGGCCAGUUGCCGUGGCGAAAGAUAAAAGACAAGGAACAAGUUGGAUUAACAAAGGAAAAAUAUGACCAUAGAAUAUUAUUAAAACAUCUUCCGUCGGACCUGAAACAAUUCUUAGAGCACAUACAAUCACUCACGUACGCAGACAGGCCAGAUUAUGCGAUGUUAAUUGGCCUAUUCGAGCGCUGUAUGAAACGGCGCGGCGUAAAAGAGGCCGAUCCGUACGACUGGGAGAAGGUGGACACGGCCACAGUUGGCAAUAUAAAUGCAUCGACAAACGCAAUCCCAACUCCGGCUAAAAAUGAAUAUAUGCACGGUAAUGUUACCCAAAUGACGGUAGCCGCUUCCAAUGCCAGCGGCACAGAAUAUGUACGGAAGCGAAACGAUAUCGAUACUGCUCAGAUGGCCUCAACGGAACCUCUUCAUAUCAAGGAAAAGGUUGAUAAAAACUGCAACGCAACAAUGACUCCCCAAGCGACUGCAGACUGUGCCGUGCAGAAUGUGAAUUCAGGCAUUCAAAAUACAACAUUACCAAAACAACAGCAUCAGCAGCAGCAACAACUUGUCCUGGUCGCAAAUACGUCGAUAGCUAUUCCGAAUCUGCCCAGUGCACUUAUCAAAUCGUCGACAGUGGGCAUUGUCAACCAUGAAGUGUCCGGCAGCACGCACAAUGCGCAGUUGAAGUCAACUCAUGGCAAGCGCUGUCAGCCUCAGACCGUGUCCGGCUCUUAUACGGCAUCAAAUCAAAACAACUCGGCGCCAGUUUAUUAUCCGGAGAGCAAAAUUGUGCCAAGUGCUUUAACAAAAACGGCAACAGUUGACAGUCACAAGGACAAUAAUUUUGCAACCGACAACGAUCUGAAGCAAAAAAAUAACAAACAGAUUUGUGUCGAGGGUGCAACCAGCCGAUCUCUGGGCGGGGAACAGCAGUCGCUAACGAGCAAGCCAACAAAAAUGGAAUCCCUAGAAUUAUCUGUGGUAAAACACCAGCAAAUUGUCGGAGAGAAGAGCUCCGACAGCAAGCGAUCCUCCAUUGGCGAUCAAAAAUCGACCUAUGGUCGCCUGCGGGUUCUGGCCGCGCCGCCAAUUGGCAGCCUCGAGAUGGCCAAAUUAAGUGAUCAGGAGAAUCGAGAGAUUAAUGCAAUUUGCAACAAUGGCAGUCUAACGCCCAAGACGGUUAUCUGUCCACGUGACCAGAUGUUAAUUGGAUUAGCUGGCACUACUAUAUCGCCAACCAAUCGCCGCUCGGCAACCUCAACCAACCUGCGUCUGUCGUCCCUGCUCAGCAGCAGUGGCGGUGCUGGUGGCACUGGCUCCGGACCCAUUACCACCCAUGCCAAGAGCAGCACGGCUGGCGACCAUUCGGUCACCCAGUUCGCUUUAAUCGACGAUGAGAAUGUGUCGGCGCUUCAGCAGGUAACAAAGGGCGGUGGGGCCCUAACGCUGGCCUCCCAAUGGAAGAGUCAGUUCGACGAUUCCGAAGACACCACGGACAACGAAUGGAAGCAGGAGCCACAGUCACAGCCAAAUUUGGAUCAAUUUACCAAAGCAGAUGUGUCAUUGCCGUUAAUACGCCGAACCUCUAAUUUACCCGUAACUCGUAAAGCAAAACAAUCCGAGAAUCAAAACGUUAAGAGAUACACGCUUAACAUAGCUGGAAUUGAGAACUAUGAGACCUUGCAAAUGUCCAUACCGCACUGCUGGUCCGAGCCUGCAAUGGGUAAUGUAUUACGCAAAGAGUUAGAGCCACCUGCUGUCCAGCAAGCAGCCUUUGAUGACACUGUGUAUCGCAUGGAUAUAGCGAGAAACGUUUGUGUUCGGGAAUCUCUAUCGGAAAACGCGCCAUUGUCGAACCAAAAGGCCUCGACUAAUUUCUCCACAAUUACAUCAUUCAAGGAUGCCGCUGCUGAUGUCCAUUCGCGGAACUCAAAUAAAAAUCAAGCCACAUGCGAGCAUCGCAACAGCCUUCCCAACGUAUGCCUGAUAGAUAUUUUUGAUGAAAAGUCGGCUGACCCAAAUACAAACCAAACCGCAAAUACGCAUAUUGAACUCCAGGAUUCCCCCAACAGGACGAACAAUGCAGUUGCAGCAGUGCCUUGGUGUGUUAAAACAACAUUUUGCCAGAGGAGCCACCUACCGCCUCCAGAUACACUGGAUAUGCACUGUCAUCAGCAGGUUAACCGAGUGACCAGUGAUGCAGCUAUUCAGGGUAACAACGGUUGUGUUAGCGGACGACUUGAAAUUCGUGUCAUUCCGAAAGAAAAUUCGCACAUAGACGACUCUGUCUACUACGAUGCCUUAGCAGCCACUACUAAAACAUCUAUAAACGCUUACAAAGUUUCUAAACAGGACGUAUCUGGUGAUAUGCAAGUUUUUGACCUAAAUGAUAAGAUGUCAGUAAACUGUGAUGAUAAAGAAAUGGCAGCUGCAACAAUUUCUGCCUUCACAAAUCGAACUGCUAACUGUCAUGCACUUGUUACCCAAGAGGUGCUUGAGACGGCCAACGAUUUUAGUUCCUGCAAAAAUCAGUUUGCCGAUGAAGGAAUCAAGUGCACUGCUGAAAGCCAGAUUGCUCCCCUAGUUGCCCAGACGAAGCCCGAUGACUCGAAUCCUCUUGUCAGUAGCCGAAUCGAAGGCGGAGCCUUGGAUAUAGCUGACGGUGGAUGUGAAGUGCCAUUGUGUACCCCUAGCAAGAUUCCUGUGCUUACUUCCAAUUUACGUCAAGCGAAAUGUGCCUCUUGGAGUGGAGUCGACACAACGGCUGCAGCAGCAAUGGAUGAGUCUCAGGGAACACAAAUUCAUCACGAGAUUCAAACACCCGCUGUGGACCCUUCCCGAACUCAUUAUUCUAAUGCAUUACAAAAUUCUCCAAAUAUUAUGGAUCUAACACCAGGUUUGCGUCGCCGUCGUGAAUCUACAGAAGGAAAGUACGUGACAGAUCCCACACAAUUAAAUCUAAGAUUUCAACGACCACAAGCUCGGAUCUCUAGUAGAACUCGCGGGGUUCCUACUACAACAAUGUUGAGCAAUUUUGAUGAUCUAUCUACGGAUAUCAGUAAUGAUCAGGCUGGCAGGGAAAUCUGUGAAGACAAUACUAGCUUUGGAACCUUAUCGUGUAAGCUAGCAGCAGCAGCAACUAACUCAACCGUAGUCUCACACAAUACGGCACGGAAUCAAAAUUCAGUCGAGCCUUCAAUACGGAAUGAUAUUUCGCCUCCACCGGGCGAUCCCAAAAUAGAAAAUAGUGCACGCCUUCGUCGCUACCGGCAUAACAUAGAAUAAUUCAAAAGCUUUUUAAAAACAAACAAGAAGCAAUAGUGUCGAUGCAUGGGAAUGUACCGAAAUAUAUAUAUAUAAUUAAACUUACUCGCUUACAUAUGUAUGAUUGGGUUCUGAUGAAUUCAUUCAAAAGUUUGAAUGAUUCUUUACUGUGUCAUUGCCAUAUUAGGUAUAGCCCAAAUGUAUGUAAUAGACGAUGUAAUUAAGAUGACGAACUGAGAAGAUCUAA